UCGCAGGUUAGGCUCUUCCCCUGCUUUUGAUGGACAUUUACGUCAUUGCAAGGUUUUUUAGUAAGGAGACUCCAGAGUUUGCACUGCUUGGGUUGAGAAAAAUAUUAACAUAUUUGUUGAUGUCCAGCAAGUGAUGGUCCGGACUGUCAUACAGAGGACUGCCUCAUUUCUAGGGUGAGCGUGUCUUGUGUUUUCAUGGUCCUCUGCUUUAUGAAGCUAAGACGUGAAGAAGUGCAUAUUCUGGGUGGUCUGAGGCAAGGGGGCUCUGGAGAGAAGUCACAGCAGGUUCAGGAAUGGCUGCUCAAGUUUGCUGCUGAGCUCAAAGGGUUGGCAUCCACAUUGCAUUGGCAGGAUUCUUCAGCCUGUGCACAAGAAUAUCCAUCCAGAGGGUUUAAGAAGCAAUGUGUGAAAGUUGCCAUUAAGGAAAAGCAAGUGAAGUACUUCAUUCACUACAGCGGAUGGAAUAAAAAUUUAUUUUUUGAUAGCUGGGAUGAGUGGGUACCAGAAAGCAGAGUACUCAAAUACGUGGACACCAACCUACAGAAGCAGAAAGAACUUCAGAAGGCCAAUCAGGAUCAUUAUGUAGAGGGGAAGAUGAGAGCAGCAGCACCAGGAAAGAAGACUGCUGCCCUUCAACAGAAGAAUGUAGAAGUCAAAACAAAGAAGAAUAAACAAAAAGGCCCUGGAAGUGGAGAGGGCAGUAGCACCAGUGAGAUUCCGCAGCCUCCACGUAAAAAACGAGCACGGAUUGACCCCACUGUGGAAAGUGAGGAGACUUUUAUGAACAGAGUUGAAGUGAAGGUAAAGAUUCCAGAGGAACUUAAACCUUGGCUUGUGGAUGACUGGGAUCUAAUCACACGACAAAAACAGCUGUUUAAUCUUCCGGCAAAGAAAAAUGUGGAAACGGUUUUGGAGGAGUAUGCAACGUAUAAAAAAUCUCGGGGAAAUACUGAUAACAAGGAAUAUGCUGUAAAUGAAGUUGUGGCAGGGAUCAAGGAAUACUUUAAUGUAAUGCUUGGUACACAGCUCCUAUACAAAUUUGAACGCCCCCAGUAUGCAGACAUUCUGGCAGACCACCCAGAUACCCCCAUGUCUCAAGUGUAUGGAGCACCACACCUUCUGCGUCUCUUUGUCCGAAUUGGAGCCAUGUUGUCUUACACGCCCCUUGAUGAAAAGAGCCUGGCACUGCUGCUCAACUAUCUACAUGAUUUCUUAAAGUAUUUAUCUAAAAAUUUUGCCACGCUCUUUAGUGCCAGUGACUAUGAAGUGGCGCCCCCAGAAUACCACAGGAAAGCAGUAUAGUUUGAUUACAGAACACCACAGUGUGCAAGGCUUUUGAGCAAUUUUACUAGCUGCUCCUAUGACUUUUAAACCCCCCAAUAAAGGAAAAAACACUUGGGACAGGUUUCAUUGUACACAUUGCAGCUUUCCUCCACCAUGCUGGUUAUGGGGAAAAAAGGCUGAGAAAGAAGAAUGUUGUGAACAAAAAGGCCCACAGCUGCCUUCAGUGACUGGAUUGCAACCUUAUUGGUGGUUACUUUAAAAAGCAUCGGAACACCGACAUGGCAACUGAUAUAUCAACUGUUCAUGACCAAAGAUAUUUCACUUAGAAGCCUCAAUGUGUGGACCUCCUGAGCAUCUAAAUAUGUUUGGUCUAUUUAAUGGCACAAAGUCAAAUUCAGGACCUAUCUGACCUCCUGUUUUCUAGUUAUCACGAUUUCAUAAGUGGAAGUUGGGAUACACCCCUUUUAGCGUAGAAGCUGAAUCUCUAGUCUUCUUACUGGGAUAUCGAAGCAGAGGUACUUUUUCUUAAGGAUUCCUGAAAAUAAAGUUUGACACUGCACCUCCUAUAUGACUGGCAUGGUGCAGAAACUAUGAAGUGUCACCCCUGUGCACUGAUCUUUGAUAUUCUUCAUAAAGGGACCAUUUUGGGCAUUCUGUGAACUAACCAAGACCAGAAAUGUCAGCUUCAGUUUCAUCCCUGCUAAGCAGCACAUUUAAAACAAAAUAAUGGACAGAGUAAAUAGCAUGGAACUGUUUGAGUUGCUGCAAUGAUUCCCGGGUGGAGUUUCAGUGCAGUGCAACCAUGUCCCAGCUUGUUCUCAACUUGUAUGAUCAUUAUUCAAGAUGUGUAUUGCUUGUGUCAUAACUUGCUUUCUCGGCAACAUUUCACACCUACAUAUAGGGUGUUGUCAUUCAGUUUCUUCUGUUAAAACACAUUUUUGGCGAUACAUUAAAUGAUAAAAUCAAUCUUUAUAUCGUUGCUCUUAAUAGUUCCACUGCCAUUUUCUUUGUUGUGCUGUAUACUGAGCCCUUAUAUUGAAAAGACUGAGGUUGCACUGUUAUGUUAUUUCAUACACAAAAGAUAAGUUUUGUAUCUUGGCAGACCUGCUUUUUUUUCUUUCUGUUCAAUUGCAAUAUGUGAGAGUUUGACAUUAAGGCCAUGAUGGCAAGUUUGUGGAAUGUCCGUGUCUGGGUAACAAUAUUUGCGUGUUUUGUUUAAAUCUAAAAGAUUGGAUCUCCGGUGAUUUCCACAUAUGGUCAGAGCACUUUCAUAGCAGUGUUGUGUAUAUUGUGUAAACAGAUGGCAAUUUUUUAAUGCAUGGUGUUUAUCUAUUACUUUAAAUUCCAUGUGUACAAAAGUGGUUCUAUAAAAUAAAGGUGCUGUGUUUCA